UGUGCUAUGUGUUGUAUAUUUCAUCAUUGAUAAUGUUUGCACAUGUGAUGAUACAUAUUAUUGGUUGUAGGAAAUGGCGGACGAGGAGUUAACUGAUAUCAUGGUAGACAUGGAGUUUGGAGAACUGAUGGAAGACUGGAUAGAAGAUUGGUCAGAUGAUGAAAAUUCAGAUCGUGAAGAUCGGUCAGAGAAUGGGAACGAAUGGGACGAUCUUAAUAUCGAUGAGCUUGAUGAUGAUCAGGAAAACAACUCGGAGCUCUCGAAUGAAGAUUACAUUAGUCAGUUCAUUUCCGAAUGUCAUAAUGCGUACCACUAUUACGGUGAAUCCGACGCGGAGACAGGCCUUAACGACGAAUCAUUAGAUGCACCUGAUUCUGGGGAGUCCCAGUCAUCGGUCAUCAUGAGUGAGGUGACACAAGAUGAUGGGGCAAAGAAUGUCCAAGAUACUGCCAGUGCAGAUGAUAAGAGGGAUAUGUUCAUGCAGAUAAUGGAAAUGACCUUUACGUCUCACGAUGCUGCGUAUGAUUUCUACAACAGCUAUGCUAGAGGUAAUGGUUUCAACAUUAGAAAGAAUAAGGUCAGGUAUAGCAAAACCGAGUCACGUCAUAUGCGUUAUAGGCGGUUUGUUUGUUCCAGACAAGGGAAACGUGACAGCAAGUUGCUAACCGAGAAAGGACACAGCCGUAGGCUUAGAGCCGAGACACGCUGCUUUUGCGAAGUGCACCUGACCGUCAAGCUUGACCAAAAGCGUGGGGUUUGGUAUGUUGAAAGUUUUGAGGACAAGCAUAGCCAUAUGUUGGCAGGACCGGACGAGGUACCUUUUCUUUGGUCCCACAGAAAAAUCAAAGAGUACCAGAAGCAUGAUAUAAUGUCCAUGGGAGCUGCAGGGAUUAGAAUUCACGACAUGAUGGAUUGCUUCAUCAGCAAACAUGUAUGGUACGGCGGUGUUGGUUUUACCAGGCGUGAAAUAUACAACCUUUGCGCCAAGGAGAAGAGGAAGCUGCUUUCAAAAGGUGAUGCUGCCACAACCAUAGGCAUCAUGGCCAGUAGGAAACAGAGGGAUCCUAGCUUCUUUUUCGAGUACAAGCUAGAUAAGGAAGGACAUUAG